AUAAUAAUUAUUAGAGAUGUAGGUUAUAAACGAGCUGUGGUGAAGACAGCGAAGCGUUUCGAAGAUAGCUAGAAAGUUAGCUAAACAUAGCGUCGCUGGCAGUUCGUUUCAUAUUGCAGUGCAACAUUGUCCACUGUCGGCUAAAUAACGAUUCACAGCUUUUAAUUUCUGUCUGUUGAUCCAAAGUGAAUUGACGAUUUGGAUCAUGUCAGCAAGUUUACGCUUUGGAAACGGAUUUUCAGAAACGUUUGAACUUAGCAGCUAGUAGAGAUGUGAUCACAGCUGACAUACACUUGGCGAAUAGUGAUAUGUAAACAAUGGAUCAGAAAAUUCCUUAUGAUGACUACCAGCUGCCAGUGGUAUUCCUGCCUUCUUAUGAAAACCCACCAGCAUGGAUACCGUCACAGGAGCGGGUUCAUCACCCUGAUUACAACAAUGAGCUCACCCAGUUCCUUCCUCGUACCAUUGUGUUGAAGAAACCUCCAGGAGCACAGCUGGGCUUCAACAUCCGUGGAGGCAAGGCGUCACAGUUAGGAAUCUUUAUAUCCAAGGUGGUCCCAGACUCGGAUGCCCACAGAGCAGGCCUACAAGAAGGAGACCAGGUUCUUUCUGUGAAUGAUGUUGAUUUCCAAGACAUAGAGCACUCAAGAGCUGUAGAGAUUCUGAAAACUGCACGAGAAAUACUGAUGAGAGUCCGCUUCUUUCCCUACAACUACCAGAGGCAGAAGGAGAGGACUGUACACUAGGUGGCAGCAAAGAGAGAGAGAGAGAUGUGGACAGACGCCUCACUGUACGUCAUUACCCUCCUCCCACAGACUUCGGCCUCCAUUCUGGCUCAGCUUCGAGAUGACUGAUGUAUGACUAAGAGAGUCAUUCAAAGUCCUCCAUGUAAGGACAAUAUAUACUCUGUUACAUACUCGGUUUCCUCCUGCACCCACAUACUCCCUAAUCUACUGCAAAACUGGAUUAUUUCUGCACUCAAUCAGGGUGAAUUCACCAGAAGUGAAGGAGGCAGAAGCUUAGCAGACAUUUAACAUUGUAGAUUAUGUUAAUGAUACAUAUUUUUCAGUCAUUCAUAACAUUUAAAGAGCCUGAUUAAUUUAAUAAAGCUUUGUCUUUAUUAAUA